AGGGGAAAAAACAUGGGCCUUUCUAAACGUUGUAACGGUAACAAACCAUCAACAUUCUGAAAAUUGAAGUUUCUGCUCACAGAAAAAUGAAGAUGAACCUCUUCUCUCAAACUAUCAAUCCAUCACUACAACGAAAAACUCCAACUUCUUCUUGAUUUCAUGAACCCAUUUCUGAAUCACUCGAAGCAAUGGGAGUCGGAGGCCAUUUCUGGGAUUUACUUAAACCUCACGCUCGAACUGAGGGCUUCGAUUUCCUCAGGAACAAGCGGGUCGCCGUCGACCUCUCUUUCUGGAUUGUCCAGCACGAGACCGCCAUUAAAUCCAGUGCUCGAAGCCCCCAUUUGAGGCUCACAUUCUUCCGCACCAUCACUCUCUUUGCCAAGUUUGGUGCGUUUCCUGUGUUUGUAGUUGAUGGAACUCCUUCACCCUUGAAAUCUAAGGCAAGAAUUGCCAGAUUUUUUCGCUUAUCUGGUAUUGACACUUCUGAUCUACCAAAGGUUGAAGAUCGCAUUUCAGUUGACAGGAAUCGCAAGUUUGCAAAAUGUGUUAAAGAAUGUGUGGAACUGCUUGAGCUAUUUGGGGUGCCCGUCUUAGAAGCAAAAGGUGAAGCUGAAGCCCUAUGUGCCGAGUUGAAUCGAAAAGGCUUUGUGGAUGCAUGCAUCACGGCUGACAGUGAUGCAUUUCUGUUUGGUGCCAAAUGCGUUAUUAAAAGCAUCCAUCCCAAUUCAAAAGCAAGUACUCCUAUCUAUACGAGUCUUCUUUUAUAUGUGACUUCUUUCUUACCAUGUUCUCUUGAAUAUCAUCACAUGCAGGAACCACUUGAAUGCUACUUCAUAUCAGAUAUUGAAGCUGCUCUUGGGUUGAAUAGGAAGCAUUUAAUCGCAAUCUCUCUCCUGGUUGGAAAUGACCACAACUUAAAUGGCGUGCAAGGAGUUGGAUUGGAUACCGCUGUUCGUUUCGUCCAAGAUUACACAGAUGAUGAGAUUUUGAAUAAAUUGUAUGAAAUAGGCAACGAGGAUAAUUCAAUGCUUCAGGGUGGUCUUGAAUUGGUAAAUGACUAUGGACAAUCUUUGAAAAUGAGCUCAAGAAAGAUCAAGUGUUCUCACUGUUCCUUCUGUGGUCAUCCAGGCAGCAAAAGAGCCCAUGUUAAGUUCCCUUGUGAAUACUGUGAUGUGAGUCAUGGUGAGGGUUGUAUCAAAAAGCCGGAUGGAUUUAAAUGCAAUUGUUCCUCAUGUGAUACGGAUCGAGAAGAAAAAGAGAAAAAGAAACAAGAAAAUUGGCGAUUAAAAGUUUGCAAGAAGAUUGCUAUGGAGCCAAAUUUUCCCAGUAGUGAACUUAUUCAGAUGUACCAGUGUGAUAAUCACAGUUAUUUUAGUGAUGAUGACCUUGUCUUAUCCUGGGGAAGCCCAAGAACCGAAAUGCUGGUUGAUUUUUUAGUUUUUCAUCUACGGUGGGAGCCAUCGUACAUUCGUCAGAGGAUGCUCCCCAUGCUAUCCACCAUUUUUCUCAGAGAAAUGGCUAAUAAUCCUAUUCAAACUUUGUUAUAUGGCCAGUACGAGUUUGAUUCUAUACUUAGAGAGAAAAUAAGAUAUGGACAUCCAUUUUAUGUUGUCAAAUGGAAGAAGGCAGUCCCAACCCUCAGCAAUGUUAUAUAUGAAGGGUCUUCUGAGGGGUUUGGCACUGGGCCAGAUGAUGCUAUUGAUAUCGAUGAAACAGUGGAUUUGACAGACGAAUCUGAUUCUCCAAAAAUUCAUAUUCAAGACGGGUGCUCGUUUCUAUUGACUGAUGAGAAUAUCGACCUUGUUGGCGCUGCAUAUCCUGAACAGGCUGCCAAUUUUUUACAGGAAAAGGAAAUGAAAAGGCAGAAGACCCCAACCACACCAGCUUGCGGGACUAGCGGAAAGUCUGAUUCAUCUAAAGGGAAAGGUGUCCAGUUAAGUAUUACUGAGUUCUACCGUGCAACAAAAACGCAACAACAAACAUCAGAGACAACAGAUUUGACAAAUGAGGACGAGGAGACGAGUACGGGAAAGAGAAAAGCAUCAACUUCUUCCACUCUUUCAAAGUCUGUAAGACGACGCCUUUUGUUUGACUAGAGAGCUCUUUGAGAGCUACUGUGUGCACUCUGAUUAUUGAGUGCAAAUUCUAUAGCUUAGAAUAUAUGUAAUCACUUAUGUUUUUGCUACAGCUCUUUGAGCUGUUGUGUGCCCUCUGAUUAUGGAGUGCAAAUUGCCAUAUUCUAUAGUCUUAGAAUAUAUGUAUAAAGUUAUUGUUUUAUUUUUGUUAGGCAUUAAUUGGUGCUUUUAAUGAUGUAAUUAUAAUAUAUUUGGUUUAGCCAAGAUCUUGAUUUUGUUGUCCCUAUAAUUUGGUUAGUCUU